UCCGUCCACACUUUUGGGAACCCCUGGACCUGCUGGGGUUGGACCCCAACAUCUGGCGCCCAUACAGGGACCCUUAGGCCUCCUGGCAUCUGGUCUGAAGAUGGCUGAGCAGCAGGGCGGGGAGCCUGAGUGCCCUGUCUGCUGUAACCCCUUCGACAACACGUUCCACACCCCCAAAGUGCUGGACUGCGGCCACUCCUUCUGCGUGGAAUGCCUGGCCCACCUCAGCCUGGUGACUCCAGCCCAGCGCCAGUUGCUGUGCCCACUCUGUCGCCAGCCCACUGUGCUGGCUUCCGGGCGGCCUGUCACUGACUUGCCCACAGAUACUGCCAAGCUCACUUUGCUCCACCUGGAGCCCCACCACGUCAUCCUGGAAGGCCAUCAGCUCUGUCUCGAGGACCAGCCCAAGAGCUGCUCCUUCCUGCGCCAGCUCCAGGUCUACACGCUGGACGUAGGCCCGGAGCCCAGAAGCCAGACUGAGGACCCCCAGGCCAUGGCCCCCACCACCACGCCUCAGUCCAACCCCAUCCCCACCUUCUACUCCCUGAGGGAGUGUUUACAGGACCCUGAGCUCCCGGAGGCAUACCUGAAGGCUGCCAUCCUCAGUAUCACUCUGUUGUUCAUUGUCUGCAUCGUUUGGGUCAUACAGUUCUGUGGAGUAUGAGGUGAGCAUCGGCUCCAGACAAGGUGCAAGCCUAUCUCAGCUGCUGCGGAUGUGGGGACUGCAGAGCCUCGUGUCUUCCUUGGUCAUAUUGUUCAUUUUUACAGCCCACAUGGAUCAGGUGGGCCAUGUGUUUGCUUCUGGAACAGAGUCCUACUAUACUGAGAAUCUCUGAAAGCUCAAGGACUGGGAAAAGAUGCGAGGAGACCUCUGGGUGUGAGCCACGGGGUCUUGAAAGGGCCGAGAGGCAGGUCUGAUUACAGAGCAACAGCUGUCUCCAGGAGCCUGACUCGCCCAAAGAGUAAGCUGCAUCUCUCACUGGAGCUGCUUUGAACUCAUCACUUUUUUUUUUUUAAUUGAAUUGUUCUCUUUAUUGUGUUGCUAAAAAAUUAGGAAAGUGAUCUUCAAUUCUGUGAGCAAACGUGUGUCUCAGUUUUCUCUUUAU